AUGGGAAACGAACUCACCAGCGGGGUUUAUAAAUUCUCAUUUGUCCCGGACUUCUUUGAAAAUUACGCACAAAUCGUAAAUGGACCGGAUGAUAAACUUUCGACUCGACCUGCCCUGGGGAUCUUAUCACGAAGUUAUGAUGGUUUAGGGGGUUAUUUGGAAGAUGAUAAGGGGCGUGCUCAGUGGGCUCAAUUCGAGAAGUACAUCCGACAUCUUAAUCAGCAGCAUAUAGAUGACGGUAUAUCAUACAAGCUGAUGUAUGUAAUAAGACAUGGGCGAGGAAUUCACAAUGUCAAAAUGGACGAGCUGAAGCAUUCUGAAGAGGCCGGAAAGCUCGAGAUAGUGGAUGGGAAGUCAUUAAACUGGAAAAAUUAUUGGUCUCAUAAGGAAGGAGAUGGCAAGGUAGUAUGGGUUGAUGCUCAACUUGUGGAUGAAGGAAUCGCAGAAGCGAAGGAACUCUCCAAGUUAUGGUUAGAGGAGGCUCAGAAAGAUUCUCUACCUCUUCCCGAUACUAUUUAUACUAGUCCCCUUACGCGAUGCCUUGAGACAACAAAGCUUGUCUAUGAGCCCGUCAUGACUAGGCAUGGAAGACGCCUUGAGCCCAUAGUAAAGGAAAAUCUCAGGGAACGGAUCACAGAUCAUACGUGCGAUAAACGAGGUUCGCGAUCACGGAUAAAGCAAAACUACCCCAAUUACAUUAUUGAAGGUGGCUUUUCGGAAGAGGACAUGAGUUGGAAAGCUAAUACGUCGGAAUCGCUUGAGCAGCACAUAAACAGGACACAGCAACUCCUUGACGACAUUUUCGCGCACGACAAUUCUCCUAUUAUCUCACUCACAACUCAUUCCUAUACCAUUACGGCGCUUCUGUCGGUAAUCGGGUAUCCCAAAUUCAUGAUGAAUGAGGGGACAAUUGUGGCGUUAUUCGUUAAGGCAGAAAAAGCUGCAAGGGCUUCAGCUGUUUGA